UCAAUGAUCAUUUCAUCACUUAUUUAACCAUAAUUAAUUUCUAACCUUACUCAAAUCAACACAAACAACUCCCUGCUAUCCUCUCUGUCAAUCUCUUUCCCGCACACAAACACGUUAAGCUCAUUAUUGGGGUCUCAGAUCUAAACCACACUCGUUAAUUACUCACACAACACAACCUUCAUUUCCCAUUCAACUAAACUACUCCGUUUCUUCACACACACACACAAAAAAUGGAUCACUCAUUCCCUCAGAAAGUUCUAGAACACCUAUUUUCAUUCAUUGAUUCCAACAAAGACCGAAACGCAAUCUCUCUAGUAUCCAAAUCAUGGUACGAGAUCGAACGGCGAAGCAGGAAGAAAAUCUUCAUCGGAAACUGCUACGCCGUUAGUCCUACAACAGUGAUCAAACGAUUCCCGGAGUUAAGAUCCAUUACGUUGAAAGGGAAGCCACACUUCGCCGACUUCAAUUUAGUACCCGACGGUUGGGGCGGUUACGUCUAUACUUGGAUUGAAGCCAUGGCUGUUAGCGUUCCUUUGCUUGAAGAGAUUCGAUUGAAGAGGAUGGUUGUAACAGAUGAGAGCUUGGAGCUUAUAGCUAAAUCGUUCAAGAAUUUCAAAGUGUUGGUUUUUAUUUCGUGUGAUGGUUUUUCUACUGAUGGACUUGAAGCCAUUGCUUCCAAUUGCAGGAAUUUGAAGGAGUUGAACUUGCAGGAGAGUGAAGUGGAGGACCUUAGUGGGGAUUGGCUAUGCUAUUUCCCUGAUUCCUACACAUCAUUAGUUUCACUUAAUAUCUCUUGCUUGAACAAUGAGGUGAAUUUGUCUGCACUAGAGGCCCUGCUUGGUAGGUGUCCCAACCUCCAGACUCUCUGUCUCAAUCAUGCUGUGCCCCUUGAUAAACUUCCCAGCUUACUUAGCCAAUGUCCUCAGCUGGUUGAGUUAGGCACAGGAGUCUACUCAACCGAGGAGAUGCAUCCAGACGUCUUGUCAAGCCUAAUAACAGCAUUUUCUGGGUGCAAGCAAUUGAAGAGCUUGUCUGGCUUUUGGAAUGUCCUGCCAUCCUACCUUCCGGCAUUAUACCCGAUAUGCUCUAGGCUAACAUCACUAAACCUGAGUUAUGCUAUCAUUCAAAGCUCUGAUAUUGUCAAACUUAUCGGUCAAUGCCCCAAUUUGUUGCGGUUAUGGGUGCUUGAUUACAUAGAAGAUGUUGGUCUUGAAGCUGUUGCUGCUUCAUGCAAGGAUCUACAAGAGUUGAGGGUGUUUCCAUCUGACCCAUCUUGCUUAGAACUAAAUAAUGCAUUGACAGAAAGGGGUCUCGUCUCUGUAUCUAAAGGCUGCCCAAAGCUCCAGUCAGUUCUAUACUUUUGUCGACAAAUGUCGAAUGCUGCUCUUAGUGCUAUUGCACAGAUUAGGCCUAAUUUGACCCGUUUUCGCCUAUGUAUUCUUGAGCCUCAUACUCCUGACUAUCUUACCCUUCAACCACUGGAUUCUGGUUUUGGAGCUAUUGUUGAGCAUUGCAAGGACCUUCAGCGCCUUUCCCUUUCUGGUCUUCUUACAGAUCGUGUUUUUGAGUAUAUUGGAACUCAUGCGAAGAAGCUGGAAAUGCUAUCUGUUGCUUUUGCUGGAGAUAGCGAUUUGGGUCUCCAUUAUGUGCUGUCUGGGUGUGAGAAUCUUAGGAAGCUAGAGAUUAGGGACUGCCCCUUUGGUGACGAGGCCCUUUUGGCCAAUGCUGCAAAACUAGAGACAAUGCGGUCCCUUUGGAUGUCCUCUUGCUCAGUGAGUUAUGGAGCGUGUAAGUUACUUGGUCAGAAAAUGCCCAAACUUAACGUUGAAGUCAUUGAUGAAAGUGGGCCUCCAGAUUCAAGACCUGAUAGUUGUCCUGUUGAGAAGCUUUAUAUAUACAGGAGUAUUGCCGGGCCAAGAUUGGACAUGCCUGGUUUUGUCUGGACAAUGGGGGAUGAUUCUUCACGAAAGCUCGAGCUUGACGUGGCAGGAGUAGAAGCUCAGUUUAGAAAUCUCUGAAUGAAUAUUAUGCUGCCUUGGCUUAUGUAGUUACUGUAAUGUUGUGUGAUUGAGCUAUAGAUACAUGGUUGGUUGUACACGGUUUUACACUUUGGCCGAGCCACGGGAUGUCCAUUACUUAUCAAUAGAGACUGAAACUAUGUUGUUGUAUUUGCAUUAGGCACAAUUGUUAUAUUACUCAUCAUACUAUAAUGUUUGCAGACUUCAACAAUAUUUCUAUUCAUGUUAGCUUUGUAUUAUGUUUUAAGAUAUUGGGCACACUCAUUUAUGAUUGUUAGCCUUCCCGAUGAAUAAUAUUCACAUUCUAUUGCAA